AUGAAACCUGGAGCUGAUAUUUCAUGGAGAUUUGCUGAUGGCCACUGUGCAAGUGCCUUGUCAUCGUCUUAUUUAAUCAACACAGCAACUCCACGAGGAGGAUUAAAAAGCACCUUUAGUUUACGGCAGAACCGCCAUCUUCCAGUAAUUUGCCAAAAUGACCAGCACAAAGGAAAGAGGAGAGGUACCCACUAUAUAUUCUCUAGGCCUUUUAGAAAACAUGGAGUUGUUCCUUUGGCCACAUACAUGCGAAUCCAUAGGAAAGGUGAUAUUGUGGGCAUCAAGGGAAUGGGCACUGUUCAAAAAGGAAUGUCCCACAAAUGUUACCAUGGCAAAACUGGAAGAGUCUACAAUGUUACUCAGCAUGCUGUUGGCAUUGUUGUAAACAAACAAGUUAGGGGCAUGAUUCUUGCCAAGAGAAUUAAUGUCCGCGUUGAGCAUAUUAAACACUCAAAGAGCUGAGAUAGCUUCCUGAAGCGUGUGAAGGAAAAUGAUCAGAAAAAGAAGGAAGCCAAAGAGAAAGGUACUUGGGUCCAACUGAAGCACCAGCCUGCCCCACCCAGAGAAGCACACUUUGUGAGAACCAACGGAAAGGAGCCUGAACUGCUGGAACCCAUCCCUUAUGAAUUCAUCGGCAUGACAGAUAAAAUAAUCCCAAAUACUUAUCAUGGUGUUAAUCUAUUACUGUCACCUUCCUGUAUCUUGCCAGGAGAGAAUGUUGGAAUUCAUGGGUAG